CAGGCCUAGACUGGACUUGACACGCCUAGAAUCCAUCCCUUUUAAAACAAUUAAACAAAAGUAAUAAGCCAUUUUAAGGUAGCUGUCCCGAACAGGAUUACCGGUCGGCAUAGGGUCUUCGCAAGGACACAGUUCGAGCACGAAAUGAUCAAGAUAAAGUCCUGGUGAGAAUGUCGUUCGGGGCAUGAACCGGCAAGAAGUCCUGGCCGGCUACAGGUGGCAGACACUUGACAGGCCUAUACUGGACUUCACACGCCUAGAAUCCAUCCAUUUUAAAACAAUUAAACAAAAGUAAUAACCCAUUUUAAGGUAGCUGUCCCGAACGGGAUUACCGGUCGGCAUAGGGUCUUCGCAAGGACACAGUUCGAGCACGAAAUGAUCAAGAUAAAGUCCUGGUGAGAAUGCCGUUCGGGCCAUGAACCGGCAAGAAGUCCUGGCCGUAGAUUCAUCGAACGAGGAUUCUGCAGAGGGAUAUUCCCGGAAAAUAAGGCCCCUUCCGACAGUUCCCAAGUACCGAGCCGCAGCCACGUUUACCGAGCGGGACGGGCCUCGCAUUACUCGGCCAAAAUACAACUCCGUACAUUGCCAAGGGAAACCAGGAGCAGGUAGCCCACCAACACUGAAAGUGAAACUGCAAACAAGAACCUCUUCUGCCGAACGAGAGAUCUUCAGAAACAUGCUACACACCGAGCGGCUCGCCCAAUUGGCCAAGGCGCCGUAUAGGGCCAUCAAAAAGUGCCGAUAAGGGAAUUUGCCUGCGGCACGUCGCCAACAGGGGCUCGCGGGUCAUCUCCACAGAACAACCUAUCAAUUAUAUAGUGAUGUCCGGUUCUAUUCUAGCUGCCACCCAGCUGUUCAAACCGCCACCUUGUCUCUGGACAAACACCAUGGAAGGCUUGCCCAUCAACGGCAGAAUACCGACCGGCACAUCGCCGCCUUGUCCAAAUAGAAAUAACAAAUCACUGUUGAGGCCAAACCUUCACCGAGGAAGUUUUUACUCGUUGCUCGCUCCAAGAUCUCUCUCUGCCUACCAGAAUGAGUUUGCUGCUGGGUAUGUUAAAAUUUUCCAGGCGAGUGGGUUUGAGUUGCAAGAGCGAAUUGACACUGCACCGUCUGACAUCUUCACGUCCGGCACACCAACGUUCGGCAUGUUCCCGUUUGGUACUACACCGACCGACAUCUUCACGUCCAGCACACCAACGUCCGACAUGUUCCCGUUCGGUACUACACCGACCGACACAUCGCCAUCCAACAUCUUUUGCCCAAUCCAAUGCACCAACCCGUCCGGUUCUCAAAGGACCAGUAGUUUCCUGCUCUGUGAGGGAGUUAAACGGCCGCUCGAUCUAGCCGCUCAUCCCAAACCGCCACCUGUUUUCCCUGUCCGGAUUCGCAGCUCCCGACCGACAGGACUGCAGCUCGAGACCUUCUUGGCCGUCCCAAAUUUCCCAUCCGGCAAGUCACCGAAAGGAACCUCCUCAGCCCAGCAAUGAAUCUAGGCUUGGCUUUGUGCGACGCCCCCAAGAAGAACGGGAGAGCUCGAACUAUCUUUGGAAAUCCCAAUCGGCUGAAGCAUGUAAACUUGGGAAGAGCUUUGGGCCACCGACAAAGGACAAGUAAUGUGGGCCAGAUUGAAGCCUAGAAGCUCCUUCACGUUGGAGACUGUGCCAGUAAUUGUUGAAGAGGAUCGGGGCCCAAUUCAAUUCUCCGGAUCAAUAACUUGGUCUGACAGCUGAAAUUCAGCCUUAUUCAGCUAAGUACCCAACUUUCAAUUACGGAUUAAUGUCAAAUAGCAUUAUUAGGAAUGUUUGUUAUCAUCAUUAUUUAUUAGGGAUUAAAAUAUCCCGAAUUGAAUAAUGACUGGGCGAGGCUCCAGUGACAAGUCCAUUAUCAUUUAAAAUUAAAUGAUUUACUGUAAUGGGCCGACCGACCAACCCGCGAUCGGCUGAAUGUAAGCGAUCGGAGUGCACCGAAUGGUAUCACUCCGACAGGCGACAACGCACCAAGUACUCAUGCAUUAGAGCAUCCAUUGGUUGAUUAAAUAGUAUUCUUACUAUUAAUUGCACCACACUAUUACUUAAUAGGGGUUAAAAAAUCCCGAAUAAAAUAAUGCUGAAUGGGGCUUUAUAAAUAAGAUCACCAACGUUUUAAUUAAAUGCUUGCUUUGAGUAGGCGUGUGGAUCUACACCCCAUCGGCUCAAAUUAGCUGACUGAAAGCAUCUCGCAAAAGACGUUGCUCGAUAACGUAAUUUUAAUUAUGAGGAUCAUCCAUGGUCCCGAUCGGCAGUACGUACUUUGAUUAGCUAGGGUUUUUCUAAGAACGCCCAGCAAACCACUAAGUGGUUCUGAUGGCACCUGAGCAGUGCGAAAAAUGAAUCUAUUCCAAGGGUUAUUAUACCACUUCGGCAUGUAGUCAUGAAUUAAAGAGAAAAAAUGUUAUACAUGUACAUUGUAUGUAUACAGUAUAUAUGCUUGUAUAUGUUGUUCGGCCGUGCGGCCGUAUUACCAUGCUUAUUGUGCAGUGAAAUUCGUUCGAUAUUCUCGGACGAGGAGAUCAUGAGACACAGAGAUGUUCAUGAUGCUCGGUAUGAAGCAAAAAGACGUUCAUAACUGGCAACAAAAAGAAGGAAUAUUUACAUUCAAAGCCGUUCGGUAGAUUUGAUCGGGGAGACCGGUAACGUUCGGAAUGAAGCACAAAAAGAUGUUCAUGAAAAAAAAGGAGAGAGAUACCAGGAGAGCAGUCCUACGAGAUACCGUUCGGAGCCGUUCGAGACUCCCGAGAAUGAAGAUAGAUGAUGUUCAGCUUGAUGCACAGAGACAUUCAUGGCCGAUCAAGAAAAGAAGAGAUUACAAGGGUGUAGAUAUCGCGACACAUGGAGAGAAGUCCUACGGGAUGUACGAUGCACGAGCUUUCAGAUCACGCUCCAUGACUGGCAAUCCGGCGUUCGUCGUUCGGCACCUAGAGCAGAGUACUAUGGGCAGAGGGCGCCUGCAAGACCCUCGGACAUUCCUGACCACGGUGGGUUCCGCCCAUGCCUUUACAGGGGAAGGACCACCGUCUUAUACAGUAUGAUCGACCCCUCAGCGCCAUCGUAUCACGGGCAGAGGGCGCCUGCAAGACCCUCGGAUAUCCUUGAUCAUGGUCAGAUCCUCCCACGCCUUUACAGAGGGAGGAUGACCGUCUUAUGCAGUACGAUCGGCCCCUCAACGCCAUCGUAUCACGGGCAGGGGGCGCCUGCAAGACCCUCGGAUAUUCUUAAUUACGAUCGGCCACCCCGGUACGACGUGAUCAUCAUUGAGAGUCUCACCUAAGCGGUUGUCAACUCCAUACUCCACGGAGGGAGACUUAUUGUUCGGGUCAUCAUUGACAACUUCUAUACCUUCACAAUCGGCCACCCUGGCACAAUGUGAUCAUCAUUGAGAGUCCCUAUAUUAAAAAAAAUAAAUAAAUAAAAGAAAAGAAAAGAAAAGAGAGAGACAAGGAAUUCAGGGCUCCCCGAAUGUCACUUUGACCGCGCGCUAGUAUAGAAGAACCGAACGUUAACAUUGAUCUGAGAGUCUCACCUCAGCGCUUAACAUGGAAAUCGUUCCGGACGACCGAAUGAGGAACAUGUUAGCAGUUUGGAGGGAGCCAUCAUCUCAGCUAACAAAAUUUGACCUUGUACUUACGAACGGAUAAAGGGAUCAAAACGGCUUGGAGAUGGUGUCAAAACUAUAAGUAUGGACGAACCGAGCGACGUUCAGUAACAUGGAUUGUUCGUACGGGGGAUCUUUGGCUCUUCUUCCCCCCUUACUGCUUCUUCUUUUCCUUAAAGCUUAGCAAACUCCAUUAAUGGUGGGAGAUAUUUGUAUUAUGUAAUUGGUGAGGUGAGCAUAUUAAUAAAAAAGAGGAGGCUCGGAUGUUAGCCUAAAAAGUCCCGUGGUUUUUUCCCUUUCUGGGUUUCCACGUAAAAAUAGCUAGUUCAUACACUUUUAUAUAUUUAUUAUUUACAUUUAUACUGAAUCCAUCGUCCUUAAUAUCCGAAGUUUAUGUUGAGCUUCCGGAUCUACGGGACAAAAACUCAACACGCAUUAAGACAAAACUAAAUGUAAUAGAACUCGAACAAUUUAGAGAGUCUGUUUUUGGUUGGAUCCUAGACAUUGAAAAAAUGCCAAGAAUAAGCGGACAAUUGUGCAUAUGCUUUGUAGAAAACUACAUAGAGGAGUUUAAUGGCACAAGUGAAAAGAAUAUAAUAAGGUCUCACAUAGGAAACAAUGUCAUUGGCUUCACAAAAGAUGAUUUAGCACUUGUCACUAGCUUUAAGAUAGGUGGAGAUAUACCUACUGUUCUAGACGUACCAGGAGGGGAUUUGUGCUGAAGAUACUUUGGCAGUAAGAAGAUAUUAGUUAUUCAAGAUAUUAUCCAUGCAAUGGACGAGUACAAUUCUGAGUAUCCAGGGACAAAGAAGGAAGAUGGCACUAAACUAGCAUUGUUGUAUGUCAUAGCGCAUGGCUUCUUAGGUAAUCAGUACUCACAUCGUAUCCCGGGGAAGUAUAUUAAUUUAGCAGAAGAUCUGAAUGCUUUCAAUUCUUACCCCUGAGGAGAGGAUGUUUGGAGUGACCUUGUGGCAAAUAUGAAAAACAGUGCUCAAGCAUUGAAAAUAUGCACAUGAAAAAGGGUUGCUUUGCCAGGUUGUAUGCAAGCGAUACCGAUUUGGGAUUUUGAAACUUUUCCAAGCUUGGCAAGUGCAGGACUGUGUAGCAAAAUAGAGGGAAAAGAAGAUCAAAUACCCCAAACUCUAAGAUGGUCUUUUCACAAAAAGCCUUCCAUAGAAAAGUUCUGUGAGGUCAUCUUCAACAAUACCGAGUUUGAGUGGACAAGAAUGAUUCCAAGGAAGAAGAGAAAAAAAUGCAUUGAAGGGCUUCAGGGAACAGAAAGAAGUGAAGCAUUUCCUGAAUUAAGAAUUGAUGGAGAUAGAGGACUAGGAAAGAAGAAGAAAAAGAAUAAAGAAAAAGAAAAGGAAAGGAGAAAGAAAUAGAAAGGAUGAUAGAUGGCAGAGCCAACAGAAAAAGUGAAAGAAAUAAGAAAUCUGAAAGCAAAUAUGAGAAAUGAGAGUGUAGUAAGAGAGUGUUGAGAAAAAAGGGGGGAAAUUUGAAUGAUAAUGAAGAUUCCAGCUCAGACGAAGAUGAACACGUGCACAGGUCUAGGAAAAAAAUAGCCAAGGACUCCAAGCAGACGACCAUGAUACUUGAAGAGCUAAAAGAAAUUAAAAAAAAAGCAAAAUAAACAGUAUGCAGUUUUUAAGAAACAAGGAGCGGUUUUAAAGGAUAUUCUAUCUCUUGUGAAGAAAAUUUCAACGAAGAAGAAGAAGCAAGCUUAUUCCAUUAAGGUCAGUGACCAGCAGAGUGUUGGCCAGAAUGAGGACGUACAACUUGAACAUAAUGGCCAGGAGAACCAGAAAGUUGUUUUCGACGUGGAUGACAGUUUGGAAGAAACAGUAAAAGACACGGAUGACAGAAGAAGCAAUGAGAAGGGAAAAGAUUUGGAAAUGAAAGAUGUUGUGAUAAUUAUGAAUAAUUUCAUUUGAAAUGUAAUUCAUUGUUUAAAAAAUGACUGUAACACGUUUAUUUGUCUUAGGAGAAUGAGGUGAAUAACCAGCAAAGUAGCAUGGAUGCUAAUGGGAAUGAGAAUGGAGGAUUAGAGGUUGAGCACAAUGACCAGAAUCUCCAGGUUAUUAAAUGAAAGUGUUAUUUUCAAAUGUGGCACUUAUAGGCAGUUUAAAUGACAUUAAGUAAAAAAAUGGAACUAAAUGUAUGUUGUGUUGGAUGUGUGGACAUACAAAAAAAAGACCGCUUGAGGAAUGAGAUAAUCAGACAAAAGGUGGGAGUAGCACCUAUAGAAGAUAAAAUGCCGGAGUCUCUCGUUUGCGGUGGUUUGGGCAUGUGCGUAGAAGGCCGAGUGAUGCACCUGUUAGACGACUUGAGGGGUGGGGAGAAGAGAUAGAGAAGAGAGGGAUGGGAAGACCCAAACAGACUUAGCUUGGAUUAGAGGAAUCAGAACUGAUAUGCAUCUUUUUGGGUUGGACGAGAGUAUGACUUUGGAGAGAGCAAAGUGGAGGGCACACAUCCGACGACUGAUGUCUUUUCUACAUUUCCUCUCUCUUUUCUUUUAUCGUUUAUCUUUUUUAUCCUUUUAUAUUCUUAUGUUAUUUUUAUAUUCUAGCGUUUUAUGCUCUUCUAUCUUUCUAUCUUUUAUCUUUCUUAUAUUCUUAUGUUAUUGUUAUCUUAUACGGAGUAUUUAUUUAUCUUUAUUUUAUCCGUUUUAUCUCCUCCCCCGCCUGUUUCUCUAUUUGGCAUCGAUAUCAUAGAUCGAUUCAUGUUAGCUGAUUCCAAAUUAUUUUGGGAUUAAGGCUUGGAUGUUGUUGUAUAUGGGUAGACAAACUUACAAUUACACUAGCAUGAUGAAAUAGAGAGUCAUGAAUAGUACUUGAGUUUAAUAAACAAAUAAGGAUGAUAAAAAGAGAGUAAGAAUUUUGGAUUGUGCUGAUAUGAGAGAGGAAAAUAUUGUAACUUAUCAAUGUAUUUAAUGUAUAAAUCAACGUUUUAAUGGAUAAAUGGGAGAUAAAUUGAUUUUUGAGAGAUGAUUAUCCCUUUAUGUAUAUAGGAUAUGAUUCUCAUCAUGAAUAUAUUGAUGACUAGUAGUAUUAUACGAAGUAGUAGAGAUAAAAUUAACAUCCACAUGUUUAGGUAUUUCAAUGGGCCGAUAGUCAUUAUAUUAUUUCAUUGUUGAAUGAAAGUCAUUGCGAUUACAGUCCGUGAGAGACAUGCAAAUAUUGUGUGAUUGAGCUACCAAAUUAAAGGAUAAUGAUGCUAAAUACUAAUUAUUGUUGUUGAUAAGCUUCUAUAUGUAAUUUAAUUUGAGAAAAGCAUCACAUAAACUCUUCUAUUAUAUUGAAAUCGUCACACAAACCCCUCUACACAAACCACAUAAGAAAUCCCUUCAAUCCAGUUUAAGCUUAUUCCAUAUAUUCCAUAAAUAUCUUUACUCUUUCUAUUUUAGUUCGUCUUAAAAUAAACUUCAAUUUUCUUUUAUUUAAAUAAAUUCAUUGCUCAUGUCAUUUCUUUCUCCGUUGUGCAACUCCUAACUACGCUUUUUUGGGUCAU